GUAAAUCUUGUUGUGGAGCGGAGCCCUCAGCUGAGGGAGCGCUCUGAAAUAAUACACCAUUGCAGCCGGGGAAAGCAGAGCGGCGCAAAAGAGCUCUCGCCGGGUCCGCCUGCUCCCUCUCCGCUUCGCUCCUCUUCUGUGCUCCCCUCUCUCCCCGCUUCUACUCUCUUCUCUCCUCUCUUCUCCUAUUCUCCUCUCUCCUCCUCUCGCCUCUUCUCGUCCCCUCUCUCCUCUCUCCUUCUCUUCCCUCCUCUCCUCGUCUCCUCUCCCUGCCCACCCUCUCCGCUCUCUCCCCUCUCUUCCUCGCCGUCGGCCCGCUCGCGCGCUCCCGCACGGACUCACCGUCCCUUGUCCAAUUAUCACAUUCAUCACCCGCAAGAUCUCACCGUGCGUGUGCGCGCGCGUGUUUUCCUCUCUCCGCCUGCAAAAAGGCUCGGUCCCACUGCUCUCUGCACCGCGGUCCCGGGAUUCUUGAGCUGUGCCCAGCUGACGAGCUUUUGAAGAUGGCACAAUAACUGUCCAGUGAUGCCUGACCAUGACAGCACAGCCCUCUUAAGCCGGCAAACCAAGAGGAGAAGAGUUGACAUUGGAGUGAAAAGGACGGUAGGGACAGCAUCUGCAUUUUUUGCUAAGGCAAGAGCAACGUUCUUUAGUGCCAUGAAUCCCCAAGGUUCCGAGCAGGAUGUUGAGUAUUCAGUGGUGCAGCAUGCAGAUGGGGAAAAGUCAAAUGUACUUCGCAAGCUGCUGAAGAGGGCGAACUCGUAUGAAGAUGCCAUGAUGCCUUUUCCAGGAGCAACCAUAAUUUCCCAGCUGUUGAAAAAUAACAUGAACAAAAAUGGUGGCACGGAGCCCAGUUUCCAAGCCAGCGGUCUCUCUAGUACAGGCUCCGAAGUACAUCAGGAGGAUAUAUGCAGCAACUCUUCAAGAGACAGCCCCCCAGAGUGUCUUUCCCCUUUUGGCAGGCCUACUAUGAGCCAGUUUGAUAUGGAUCGCUUAUGUGACGAGCAUCUGAGAGCAAAGCGCGCCCGGGUUGAGAAUAUAAUCCGGGGUAUGAGCCAUUCCCCCAGCGUGGCAUUACGGGGCAAUGAAAAUGAAAGAGAGAUGGCCCCGCAGUCUGUGAGUCCCCGAGAAAGUUACCGAGAAAACAAACGCAAGCAGAAGCUGCCCCAGCAGCAGCAACAGAGUUUCCAGCAGCUGGUUUCAGCCCGCAAAGAACAGAAGCGAGAAGAGCGCCGACAGCUGAAACAGCAGCUGGAGGACAUGCAGAAACAGCUGCGCCAGCUGCAGGAAAAGUUCUACCAGAUCUAUGACAGCACUGAUUCUGAAAAUGAUGAAGAUGGUAACCUGUCUGAAGACAGCAUGCGCUCAGAGAUCCUGGAUGCCAGGGCCCAGGACUCCGUGGGGAGGUCAGACAAUGAGAUGUGCGAGCUGGACCCGGGGCAGUUCAUCGACAGAGCCCGGGCCCUGAUCCGGGAGCAGGAAAUGGCCGAAAACAAGCCGAAGCGAGAAGGCAACAACAAAGAAAGAGACCACGGGCCAAACUCCUUACAACCCGACGGCAAACAUUUGGCCGAGACCUUGAAACAGGAACUGAACACUGCCAUGUCGCAAGUUGUGGACACUGUGGUCAAAGUCUUCUCGGCCAAACCCUCCCGCCAGGUUCCUCAGGUCUUCCCACCGCUCCAGAUCCCCCAGGCCAGAUUCGCAGUCAACGGGGAGAACCACAAUUUCCACACCACCAACCAGCGCCUGCAGUGCUUUGGUGACGUCAUCAUUCCGAACCCCCUGGACACCUUUGGCAACGUGCAGAUGCCCAGUUCCACAGACCAGACAGAAGCACUGCCCCUGGUGGUCCGCAAAAACUCAUCUGACCAGUCUGCCUCCGGCCCCCCCGCUGGCGGCCACCACCAGCCCCUGCACCAGUCGCCUCUCUCGGCCACCGCGGGCUUCACCACGUCCACCUUCCGCCACCCCUUUCCCCUCCCCUUGAUGGCCUACCCGUUUCAGAGUCCAUUAGGUGCUCCCUCUGGCUCCUUCUCGGGCAAAGACAGAGCCUCUCCUGAAUCCUUAGACUUAACUAGGGAGACCACGAGUCUGAGGACCAAGAUGUCAUCCCACCACCUGAGCCACCAUCCUUGUUCACCAGCACAUCCACCGAGCACCGCAGAGGGGCUCUCCUUGUCUCUCAUCAAAUCCGAGUGUGGCGAUCUUCAAGACAUGUCCGAAAUCUCACCUUAUUCGGGAAGUGCAAUGCAGGAAGGAUUGUCACCCAAUCACUUAAAAAAAGCAAAGCUCAUGUUCUUUUACACGCGUUAUCCCAGCUCCAACAUGCUGAAGACCUACUUCUCUGAUGUAAAGUUCAACAGAUGCAUUACCUCUCAGCUCAUCAAGUGGUUUAGCAAUUUCCGUGAGUUUUACUACAUUCAGAUGGAGAAGUACGCACGUCAAGCCAUCAACGAUGGGGUCACCAGUACUGAAGAGCUGUCUAUAACCAGAGACUGUGAGCUGUACAGGGCUCUGAACAUGCACUACAAUAAAGCAAAUGACUUUGAGCAGGUUCCAGAGAGAUUCCUGGAAGUUGCGCAGAUCACAUUACGGGAGUUUUUCAAUGCCAUUAUCGCAGGCAAAGAUGUUGAUCCUUCCUGGAAGAAGGCCAUAUACAAGGUCAUCUGCAAGCUGGAUAGUGAAGUCCCUGAGAUUUUCAAAUCCCCAAACUGCCUACAAGAGCUGCUUCAUGAGUAGAAAUUUCAACAACUCUUUUCGAAUGUAUGAAUAGUAGCAGUCCCCUUUGGAUGUCCGAGUUAUCUGUGUCUAGAUUUUGAUUUCAUAUAUAUGUGUAUGGGAGGCAUGGAUAUGUUACAAAAUCAGCUGGUAAUUCCUCCUCAAAAUCUUUCUCUUAUUUUCUUCUGUUUUCCAUUGCAAGGGGAUGGUUCUUUUCCUUCCGCCUUUAGUUUAAUUUUGCCCAAGGCCCUUAACAUUUGGAGACUUAAAAUAGGGUUAAUUUUCAGGGAAAAAGAAUGUUGACGUGUGUAAAGUCUAUCUUAGCAAGGAAGGGCAUUUGUUAAAGAUGCAUCUGCUGGAUUGAUGGUUUAUUGCAAACGGCGGUUGGUGGAGGGAGACCCGCGACACAGUACAACUCUGUAGUCAGUGAUGUGUCUCUUGUUUUUACUGCUGAGAAGGUCGGAAAACUCAAUGAAACCACUUGAUAAACUUAAAUAUUUUGUUUGGUUUGAACUCAGUAAGUCGCUUUUUAUCACACGUUUAAAAAUAAUGCCGGUGGCAGAUGAACCGCUCACUUUUCAAAAGUACCCCAAAAGGCCAAAUUUUAAAAAGAAACAUAAUCACUAACUGUCAAGCCUUUCCUAAGAGAAAUAAAUGGCAAACACCCCAAACUAGUACCAGAUUCUUUUGGAGGCAAAGCAUUUUGUACACAACUGACUCUUUCAAGAUGAGACUGGAAAUUCAUGUGAUUUCUAGUCACCUCUCGAAAUUUUGCAAUAGGUUCUUCUUGAUAAUAAAUGAGUAUCUAUCAUUCUUCGUACAGAAAACCCCCUAUAAUGUGUUAUUUUCUAUUUAUCUUGCUUCAGUUAUUAAAAGGCACGUAAGUUUCAAAUUUAUUCUUUGCUCAAAUUUGUUUAUAUGCUUUAAAAGAAUUAUAAUUUCCGUUUAAUAUUUAACACUUUGUUUUU